AUGUUGAGACAAGCGAUGUUAGGGAGGGCGAGAUAUACGAUCCCAACGAAAAGAUUUUUGUCAAUGCAGGCUCCUAGACAGCCCUCAAUUGGUAGAUUCACUGGUAAGCCUGAUCAUGCUACUGGCAAAUAUACCGUAUCAUUUAUUGAAGGCGACGGAAUUGGUCCGGAAAUCUCGAGAUCUGUCAAGGAUAUUUUCCAAGCUGCUAGUGUCCCAAUUACAUGGGAAACAUGUGAUGUUUCACCAAUAUUGGUAGAUGGAUUAACAACAAUUCCAGAUGAAGCUGUCAAAUCAAUUAAUAAAAAUUUGGUAGGGUUGAAAGGUCCAUUAGCCACACCAAUUGGUAAAGGUCAUAGAUCCUUAAACUUGACCUUAAGAAAGACUUUCAACCUUUUCGCUAACGUUCGUCCUGCAAAGUCUGUCAGAGGAUUUAAGACUACGUACGAUAACGUUGACUUGGUGUUAAUUAGGGAGAACACUGAAGGUGAAUAUUCGGGUAUUGAGCAUGUUGUCACACCAGGAGUUGUACAAUCCAUCAAGUUAAUUACAAGGGACGCAUCAGAAAGAGUUAUUAGAUAUGCUUUCGAAUAUGCAAAGGCAAUUGGAAGACCAAAAGUAAUUGUGGUUCAUAAAUCCACAAUUCAAAGAUUAUCUGAUGGUCUUUUCGUCAACGUAGCUAAAGAAUUACAAAAAGAAAAAAAUUUCCAGAAUAUAGAAUUGGAUACUGAAUUAAUCGACAAUACCGUGUUAAACGUCGUUAUGAACCCAUCUAAGUACAGCGAUGCUGUAUUUGUAUGUCCAAAUCUUUAUGGUGACAUUUUAUCGGAUUUGAAUUCGGGACUGAGUGCAGGUUCACUUGGUUUGACACCUUCUGCCAACAUCGGUGACAAGAUCUCUAUUUUUGAAGCGGUACAUGGAUCAGCCCCAGAUAUUGCAGGCCAGAAUAAAGCCAAUCCAACCGCACUACUGCUAUCGUCAGUCAUGAUGUUACAUCAUAUGGGCUUGAAUGAAUAUGGAGAUAAGAUUGAAAAUGCUGUACUCAAGACAAUAGCAGCAAGUAGUAAAAAUAGAACGGGUGAUUUAGGUGGUACAGCAACAACAACGUCGUUUACAGAAGCUGUUAUCGACAAUCUAUAA